AGAGCAGCUCUGUAUCAUUAUAGAAAAAGCCUAAUAAUACCAUGGGAGGUAGUUAUUUGAUUGCAGGCCGCAAUGUAUCGUCUCAUUAUCUUGCGAUCACAACAUUGGCAACAUUUGGUCUUGGAGCCUUUGCUAUAUCUAAAAGGAUUAAGUCAAAGAAACCAAAUACUCCACCAAUUAAUGCAUCUUCUGCGGAUGAAGAAGCUUUCAUCAAAGAAUUCUUAAAGCAUGCUGAGGAGGAAGAAAAAAAAAAGUGACAUCAUUAAUUUCAACUUUAUUAGUGAUUGGUAUUGGUAUUUUUCUUCAAAAAACAACGUUCAAAUUCACACAUUUACAAUUUUUGUAUUUUAAAGAAUCAAAUAAAUUGAUUUAAUUUUAUAAUUUAUUAUUAGAUGGGAUAUAUAAUUUAUCCCUCUAAACUUAGUUAGAAAAGCAUUGAUCGUAAAUUAUAAUUGCCAAUAUAAUCAAAAUAGAGUUCUCUCAAUAUUCUUUAUUUUACUUUGUCUCCGUAUCACUAUAAUUUUUUCCAAACGGCGAAUUUAUUAGUCCAUAAUACCGGCAGGAUUAAG